AUGUGCCACUGUGAAUUAUGUUCUCUGUACAAUAACAAACUGGAUGUGUUCGUUGGUGAUUUGAGUGGGGUAGCUGUGGAAUUGUGGAGUGUGAAGGGAUUUCAGGAGAAGAAAGAAGGCAAGACUCUCAUCAUUGAAGCUGUCACUGUGCCAUCUCCACGACAGCCACUCUUAGUUAGGACACCAUCAGAUGGUCCAUGCCGUUUGUGUGCCUUGGGCCUGGACAUAAAACAUACGGAUGUACUGAUUCUGAAUCAGUUUCUAAGAUCUGAUGGCUGCAUGCUGCCAAGGAGGAUUACAGGCCUUUGUAAAAAGCAACAGCGGAAAGUCAGCAUUUUGGUUGCAAUGGCUCAAAAAGCAGGUCUCAUGCCAAACCUGGCACCAUUGAAUAGCAAACGUGACCCCAAACGGCGAUCGAAGUGGAAGAAAUUUAAUACAUACUUUGAUGAGUCUACUAUAAAGUUCAAGUACUAAGCAACAGAAAACAGUAACAUCUGUAUAGUUUUAAUGUACAUCAAAUAAAUCAAUGAUACAUGUUUAA